AUGGCCGGCGGCGCUGCUCGCGGCCGCAGGCACAGCUUCGGCGGAAGCAGCAGAACCGCCGCCGCCGCCGCCGCCAGCGGCGGCGACGUGUUCGUGAGGGCCGGGGCCGACAACGAGGUGUACGUGCGGGCGGACAUGAUCGACCUCAAGAACCUGGACAUGCAGCUGGAGAGGACGCGGUCGCACGCGUGGAUGGAGCACCAGCGGUCGCAGCGGUCGGCGUCGCCGCUGGCUGAGCCGCUGCUGCUCGAGUGGGAGAUCGACCUCGCCAAGCUCGACAUCCAGAACCAGAUCGCGCACGGCACCUUCGGCGUCGUCUACCGCGGCACCUACGACGGCCUCGACGUCGCAGUGAAGGUGCUGGACUGGGGCCACGACGGGCAGGAGUCGUCGGCGAAGCACCGCGAGGCCUUCGAGAAGGAGGUCGCCGUCUGGCAGAAGCUUGACCACCCCAACGUCACCAAAUUCGUGGGCGCGUCGAUGGGCACGUCCCAGCUGAAGAUACCCAAGAAGGGCGGCGCCCGCGCCGUGCCCAAGGAGUGCUGUGUCGUGGUGGUCGAGUUCCAGCACGGCGGCACCCUGAAGACGCUGCUGUACAACCACCGCGACAAGAAGCUGUCCUACAAGAAGGUUGUCCACCUCGCGCUCGACCUCGCCAGAGGGCUGAGCUACCUGCACUCGAAGCGGAUCAUGCACCGCGACGUGAAGGCGGAGAACAUGCUGCUGGACCGGAAGCGGACGCUCAAGAUCGCCGACUUCGGGGUGGCGCGCGUGGAGGCGCCGAGCUGCGAGGUGACGGGGCAGACGGGCACGCUGGGGUACAUGGCGCCGGAGGUGCUGCAGGGGAAGCCCUACGACCACAAGUGCGACGUCUACAGCUUCGGCAUCCUGCUCUGGGAGACCUACUGCUGCGCCAUGGCCUACCCCAACUACAGUCUCGCCGACAUCUCCUACCACGUCGUCAAGCUGGGCAUCCGGCCGGACAUCCCGCGGUGCUGCCCCCGGGCGAUGUCGGACAUCAUGAUGCGGUGCUGGGACGGGAACCCGGACAACCGGCCGGAGAUGUCGGAGGUAGUGGCGCUGCUGGAGAAGAUCGACACCGGCAGCGGCAAGGGCGGCAUGACGCCCAUCGACGACCACGUCGCGCAGGGCUGCUCCUGCUUCGGCUUCAACCGCAGCUCCUAG